AUGGAGCGACCAAAUGAAGAAGAAGAGACUGGUCGUCUGCGUAUUGUCUUUGUCACUCAGACUCGCGAUGUUGACAACGCUGAGGCAACGUCAGCGAAGGUUGGCAAGUGGCAUAGCGGCGGCACGAUCGAGACUCGUAUCCGAAAGACCUCUGCCACUAUGGCGGCCACAGAGAUGACUACACCGAAGCCUAGCACCACGUCCACCCUUGAAGACAUGACCACAUUCUUCACCACAGAGGCAAAGGCUACGUCGACUGUAGCUUCUUCGAGCCAGUAUAAUAGUACCACUCGCUCAGAAACAUCUGGUGCUCCCUCGCCUGACGGAAGCUACAUUGUCAUUAAGACCACUACACUCAUCGCCGUCAUAGGCGGUAUUGUUGGUGGUUUCAUUCUUUUAUGCAUCAUCGUUGGCAUGGUCAGUGCUUUCUUGCGCCGGAAGCAGGCUGAAGAGGAAGAUUCCAAUGAUCUUGACGGAAGACAAGGCCAGAACACUCAGCUUCCCCAGUUUUCACCUAUCUACGGCCAGUUCGCCCCCUCGCAAGAUGAUUCAAGUUUUCCAUUCGACAACGAUGGCAACCAUCCUCGCUCUCAGGAGUGGCACCAGAUGCGACGCAUCGCUGCGCAGCUCCCUGCGGAGUCUGGAGUUGACGUCAUCCCCGUCUAA